GGACUAAUACUGUUGAUGGAAGCUUGUUUAUUCAUUAAAGGUGAGAAAUGCUGGAUGCCUAUGGUUUGCGACGGGCAACCUACUUGGAGAGACGUUAAGAAUGGACAGUGCACAAAAGACGAAGAGAAGGCUUUGGAAGCCUUAACGGAACAAUUACACGGAAUGAAAAGUGAGCUCCAUCAGUUAAAAAAGACAAUGGAAAAAUCAGAGACAAACUCAGUGCUGUCCUCUGUUGCAAGUGUCAAAGAAGCGACCACGCCCUCUGUUGCAAGUGUCAAAGAAACGACCACGCCCUCUGUUGCAACUGUCAAAGAAACGACUGCACCCUCUGGUGUAGGUCUUGAAGAAGCGACACGAAUUCUGUUGUAGGUGUCAAAGAAACGACCACUCCCAAUGGAUACAAAGACAAGACAACUUCUUCUACCAGCGCUUCAACCGCCAUUGGCACAUCACCUUGGUCAACUAAGGAAGCCUUUUUCUCUACUUUUC